AAUCAACGCCCGGUUAUUGGAUUCAAAUCAAGACCCCUGGGGGAAGGGAGCUCCUAGCAGUUAGUUGUACUUUCCGUCGCUGUUGCUGCUGCUUCUUCCCCGGUGUCUUCCUCGGUGCUGCUGCUAGUCGCCGGCGUAGCUCUUCGGGACUCUGCGCUGCCGUCAGCAUGGCCCACAAACAGAUCUACUACUCUGACAAAUACUUUGAUGAGCACUACGAAUACCGGCACGUUAUGUUACCCAGAGAACUUUCCAAACAAGUACCAAAAACCCAUCUGAUGUCUGAAGAGGAGUGGAGGAGACUGGGUGUCCAGCAGAGUCUUGGAUGGGUUCAUUAUAUGAUUCAUGAGCCAGAACCACAUAUUCUGCUCUUUAGAAGACCUCUUCCAAAAGAACAACAAAAAUGAAGUUUAUUUGGGUUUUUCACUUAAAUUUUUUCAAACUAUGUAUAUGUGUAUAUAUGGUAGUAUUCAGUGAAUACUUGAAAAAAAUGUACAAAUCAUUCCUCCAUACCUGUGCAUGAGCUGUAUUCUUCACAGCAACAGAGCUCAGUUAAAUGCCACUCCAAGUAGGCUGCUUUACAGUGUUUAAAAUACAAUUUUUCUCGUCAAUUUUCUCUUUAAUAUAAGUGCCUAUUUGACUUCUCUUUGAAUUACAUUUGUUUAAUAAAGUUCAUUUGUUGCUUGUAUGUCUGAGUACUUGGUAAUUGGGGUAGGUGUUUAUGUUCAAAUUUUCCAUUGUUAAUUUAUGAAUAUGAUGUACAGUUCUUUCAGUUGUUUUAGAAAUUAUAAUCCAAGGAAAUAAACUCUUUAAAAACAAUUUAGAAAAAAGGUUAAUGAAUGUUAAACUGCAUGGUACAAUAGAAAUAGCAUUAAUUUGAAUGAUUAAUAACAUCUACCAAAACUGGAAGGUUCCUGCCAUAUGGGAUGGUUUUUCUCCAAAAGGCAGUGAAAUAGCCCUCAAGACUGCAUUGGCCUAGAGGGGGUAAGGAUCAAUUGACACAGCUUCCUAAUUGCUUAAACAUAAAACCCUAGCACCAGUAGUCUCCUCAGGCUUGAUGAAUUUCUGUGGGAAUUUUGUGACUGAGCAUGCUGCCAUGACACAUGGGGUGGGGGGAUACCGGGGUUGCACAGGAGUAUAGAGGGGAAGCUGCCCCCAAUUGAAUCCACAUCUGUACUAAUUUCUUUCCAUGCUAUUAAAGUAAACUUUUGUUAAAUA